AUGGUUAAAGUAGCUGUACUUGGUGCUUCCGGUGGUAUUGGACAACCUCUCUCAUUGCUUCUUAAACUUAACGAAGCUGUAACAGAACUUGCACUUUAUGAUAUUGUAAAUACUCCCGGUGUGGCUGCUGACUUGAGUCAUAUUAAUACACCAGCAAAAGUUCAAGGAUACUUGCCAAAUGAUGAUGGACUAAAAAAUGCAUUGACCAAUGUACACACUAUAGUUAUUCCUGCUGGUGUUCCUAGAAAACCUGGAAUGACAAGAGAUGAUUUAUUUAAGAUCAAUGCAGGGAUAGUUCAAAAAUUAGCAACAGAUAUUGCUAAAUAUGCUCCAAAAGCUUUCAUUCUUGUCAUUUCCAACCCAGUAAAUUCCACGGUUCCAAUUGUCGCAGAAGUGUUAAAGAAACAUAAUGUGUUUGAUCCAAAAAGACUUUUUGGAGUAACCACACUUGAUAUAGUCCGUGCUUCCACUUUCGUCAGUUCUAUUUCAGAUACUGACCCUCGUGAAACUCGUGUUCCUGUGGUUGGUGGUCAUAGUGGCGUCACAAUUAUUCCACUUUUAUCUCAAGUCUCACCAUCUCACAAACUCACUCAAGAACAAAUUGCCUCAUUAACAAAUCGUAUUCAAUUUGGCGGUGAUGAAGUUGUUAAAGCAAAAGAUGGUACAGGAUCUGCCACACUUUCUAUGGCUCAUGCUGGUGCUGUAUUUGCAUCUUCUAUUUUUGAUGCAACUAUAAAGGGUAAAUCUGGUAUAGUCGUACAAUCUUAUAUCAAUCUUAAUGCUGAUAAAGAAAACAGCAGCACUCAUCUCAAGGAUAAAAUUGAUGGUUUAGAAUAUUUUUCUUCGAAUAUUGAAUUGGGUCCAAAUGGUGUUUCAAAAAUUCAUCCAAUUGGUAAUAUUUCUGAAUAUGAAAAGACUCUUCUCAAUGCUGCAAUCCCUGAAUUAAAAGCAAAUAUCAAUAAAGCUGCAUUAACGGCACGCUGGUUGGAUGGUAUUCCGACUGGACCGCCAAUAGUAGAUGAUUUGCCGCCCUCACGUGUUAUAAUAACAAGAGUAGAUUUAGAUACCACCGCUAAUUCACAGAAUAAAAAGGGAGAAAAAAGGAAAAAGGAAGAUAAACAACAAUUGAUCGUUGAUUACGAAAAAUUAGAAGUUUAUGAAAGUAGACCUAAUAUUGGUGAUAAUAUUGCUUAUAAGGUUAUUGAAUUAUCCGAUAAUUAUACACCUGGAUUAUCAAGAUAUAAGGAAGCAACAAUAAUUGGAUACGAACCGAUAACAAAUCAAGUCACAUUAACGUUUUCUUCCGCAAACCCAAAUCAAGAAUUAAAAAAAGAUUUUAAUUUUAUAAAUAACAAUGAAUUUGGAAAAUUUAGUCUUUAUGAUUUGGGUGAUGAAUAUAUUCUUGAUAGUCAGAUUGAACCACCAAAAAUAUUUACAAUAAAAUGGGAAGAAUUACAUGAUGUUCGCAAAAUAAUUAAAUAA